AUGAGAAACAGAACUUCACCCUCUGACUUUAUACUGCUGGGGCUUUUGCUGAAGAGUGAGAUUACAGGGAUUGUGUUUACAGUUAUCUUUGUUAUUUUUGUGGUGGCAGUAAUGGCAAAUUUGGUCAUGAUAUUCCUGAUUCAGGUGGACUCCCGCCUUCAUACCCCCAUGUACUUUCUCCUCAACCAACUGUCUAUAAUGGACACCCUUUUCAUUUGUACCACUGUUCCAAAGCUCCUGGUGGACAUGGUUUCUAAAGAGAAGACCAUUUCCUUUGUGGGCUGUGGCCUCCAGAUCUUUCUCUACUCGACCACAAUUGGCUCAGAGUUCUUCCUGCUCGGCCUCAUGGCCUAUGACCGCUACGUGGCUGUCUGCAAACCUCUUAGGUAUCCAGUUCUGAUGAACCGCAAGGUGUGUCUUUUGCUGGCUGCUGGUGCCUGGUUUGGUGGCUCACUUGAUGGCUUCUUACUCACCCCUAUCACUAUGAAUAUCCCUUAUUGUAGUUCCCUCAGUAUUAACCACUUUUUCUGUGAGAUCCCUGCAGUUCUCAGACUGGCCUGCACUGACACAUCCUUAUAUGAAGCACUGAUGAACAUCUGCUGUGUGCUUAUGUUGCUCAUUCCCGUCUCCAUUAUCUCUAUUUCCUACUCGCUAAUCUUGUUGGCAGUCCAUCGCAUGCACUCUGCUGAGGGCCGCAAAAAGGCCUUUACCACUUGUUCAUCCCAUUUGACUGCAGUCAGCAUUCUCUAUGGGGCUGCCUUCUACACUUAUGUGGUGCCACAGUCAUUCCACACACCAGAGAAGGACAAGGUGGUGUCUACCUUCUACACCAUAGUCUCACCUAUGCUAAACCCUCUCAUCUAUAGCCUCAGAAACAAGGACGUCAUGGGGGCAUUUAAAAGGAUACUUACACAUUGCUCUUCUCAGAGGGUAGUAGCAAGCAUUGCUUAG